GGGCCCGCCGAGCUCCCGUGCUGCUUCCCUGGGCCGCUGCCCGAAUGCACCCCUCGCCUGCUGGUGCCAUGAUGAGGGGCGGUGGAAUUGGGCUGAUUUCCCUUUACCCCGCCGUGAAACCCGCCUUCAGCUGAGGCUCGUAUGUCCCCGUGUCCGGAGAUGGCGAUUUGGGCAGCCGGCGCCGGGUUCUGCGCAGUGGGGGAGCCCCGGGUUGUUGCGAGGAAAUGGCUCUUGAAGUUAAAUGAGGGCGGAUAGAACACAUAAAUGAAGCAGAAGCUGCUCUUCGUGUGUUAGGGCUAUAUCACACCGCAAGCACUGCUGAUCAGCCAGAUUUGGUGACUUGUCAUAAUGAAGAAAAUCAGUCUCAAAACAAUUCGCAAGUCCUUUAACUUAAAUAAAAGUAAAGAUGAAAGUGACUUUGUAGUGGUUCAGCAGCCAUCAUUAAGUGAAUUUGGAAAAGAUGACUCCUUGUUUGGCAGCUGCUAUGGUAAAGAUUUGGCUAGCUGCGAAGUCAAUAGUGAAGAUGAAAAAGGAGGCAAAAAUAGAUCAAAAAGUGAAAGUUUAAUGGGUACGUUAAAAAGGAGGCUUUCAGCAAAACAAAAGCAGAAAGGCAAAGGCAGCACUCCAUCUGUAAGCUCUGCAGAUGAUGACACAUUUUCUUCCUCAUCUGCUCCAAUAACCUUCAAAGAUGUGCGAGCUCAAAGACCUCUGAGAUCCACUUCCCUCCGUAAUCACCAUUACAGCCCAACUCCGUGGCCCCUCCGACCUACAAAUUCAGAAGAGACUUGCAUCAAAAUGGAAGUGAAAGUCAAGGCCUUGGUCCAUUCCUCUAAUCCAAGCCCAGCACUGAAUGGUGUUCGAAAGGACUUCCAUGACUUGCAGUCAGAAAAUGUGUUCCAGGAACAAACCAAUGCAUUAAAAAAUACGGAAUCUCAGAACGGGGACUUGCAUCUUCAUAUUGAUGAACAUGUGCCUGUAGUUAUUGGAUUAAUGCCUCAGGACUACAUUCAGUAUACUGUGCCUUUAGAUGAGGGAAUGUAUCCUUUGGAAGGAUCACGUAGUUACUGUCUGGAUAGUUCCUCACCCAUGGAAGUUUCGACUGUUUCUUCUCAAGUGGGGGGAAGUGCUUUCCAUGAAGAUGAGAGCCAAGUGGAUCAGGAUGUAGUCGUUGCACCAGAUAUCUUUGUGGACCAGACAGUGAAUGGUUUGUUUAUUGGUACCACAGGAGUCAUGUUGCAAAGCCCAAGAGUUAGUCAUAGCGAUGUCCCUCCACUCUCACCUUUGCUACCUCCAAUGCAGAAUAAUCAAAUCCAAAGGAACUUCAGUGGAUUAAAUGGCACAGAUGCCCACGUGGCUGAAAGUAUGCGCUGCCAUUUGAAUUUUGAUCCUAACACUGCCCCAGGAGUUGGAAGAGUUUAUGACUCUGUACAGAAUAGUGGUCCUAUGGUUGUGACGAGCCUCACAGAAGAACUGAAAAAACUUGCAAAACAAGGAUGGUACUGGGGCCCCAUUACACGCUGGGAGGCAGAGGGAAAAUUAGCUAAUGUGCCUGAUGGCUCGUUUCUCGUUCGGGAUAGUUCUGAUGAUCGUUACCUUUUAAGUUUGAGUUUUCGUUCCCAUGGAAAAACUCUUCACACUAGAAUUGAACACUCAAAUGGUAGGUUUAGUUUUUAUGAACAGCCAGAUGUGGAGGGACAUACGUCUAUAGUUGACUUAAUUGAACAUUCAAUCAGGGACUCUGAAAAUGGAGCUUUCUGCUAUUCAAGAUCCCGGCUGCCUGGAUCUGCAACUUACCCAGUGAGACUGACAAAUCCAGUAUCCCGGUUUAUGCAGGUGCGCUCUUUACAGUACCUGUGUCGUUUUGUAAUACGUCAGUACACCAGAAUAGACCUGAUUCAAAAACUGCCUUUGCCAAACAAAAUGAAGGAUUAUUUACAGGAAAAGCACUACUGAAAGCUUACGGGAAUCUUGCAUCUUGCACUUUGGGAACAACAACAACAAAAAGAGAUUGAAUUACAGUUUACAGACUUUCAUUAUUAUCAAAAUCUUUUGCUGCCAUAAAAAUAUUUCAUUUUUGUCUGUAAAAGAAAAUUAAUGCUUUUGAAUUUAUGU